GCCUUGCCAACUGAUCAUUUUUUCUUUUAUUACCCUUUCAUUUUCUCACUCUAACACUUCCAUCUUUUCGAAAUUUUCUUGUCUGGAAAAUGGAGUUUUGCUUCGAAGCUCGAUCAAGAUUCAUUUUGCUUUUUUUGUUCUUGUCCUGCUUUGUCUUCACCUCCACAGAUGCAUAUGACUCACUUGAUCCUAAUGGAAACAUCACUAUAAAAUGGGAUGUCAUCAGCUGGACAGCUGAUGGCUAUGUGGCGGUCGUAACUAUGUUCAACUUCCAACAAUACCGGCACAUCCAAGCGCCGGGAUGGUCGUUAUCGUGGACGUGGGCGAGAAAGGAAGUGAUCUGGAGCAUGAUGGGCGGGCAGGCGACAGAGCAAGGCGACUGCUCCAAGUACAAAGCCGGCAUUCCGCACUGCUGCAAGAGAGAUCCCACAAUCGUCGACCUUCUCCCGGGGACGCCGUACAAUCAGCAGAUCGCCAACUGCUGCAAAGGCGGCGUCAUCAAUUCCUGGGUCCAGGACCCGUCGAACGCCGCCAGCUCCUUCCAGGUCAGCGUCGGCGGCUCCGGGACCACCAACAAGACCGUUAGGCUUCCUCGGAACUUCACGUUGAAGGCCCCCGGCCCGGGAUACACUUGCGGGCCCGCGAAAAUUGUGAAGCCAACGAAAUAUCUUACGCCCGACGGAAGAAGAAUGACGCAAGCCAUGAUGACGUGGAAUGUUACGUGCACGUAUUCGCAGUUUCUGGCGCAGAAAACUCCGACUUGUUGUGUCUCGCUCUCGUCAUUCUACAACGAUACGAUUGUUCCGUGCCCGACUUGCACUUGUGGAUGCCAAAACAACCUUACUCAUCCCGGAAGUUGCGUCGACCCCGAUUCGCCUUAUUUGGCCUCGGUAGUUUCGGAGCAAGCAAAGAGCCAUAGCCUCGCGCCGUUGGUUCAAUGCACGAGCCAUAUGUGCCCGAUUCGCGUCCAUUGGCACGUGAAACUUAACUACAAGGAGUAUUGGCGCGUCAAGGUUACAAUAACGAACUUCAACUACCGGAUGAACUACACCAAAUGGAAUUUAGUCGUUCAACAUCCGAAUUUCGACAAUUUGACGCAGAUUUUCAGCUUCAAUUAUAAGCCGUUAACUCCGUACGGCGACAUAAACGACACGGCCAUGUUGUGGGGAGUACAAUACUACAACGACUUGCUAAUGCAAGCCGGCGAACUCGGAAACGCACAGUCGGAGCUUUUGUUUCGAAAGGAUAAGUCGACUUUCACGUUCGAGAAAGGUUGGGCCUUCCCGCGAAGAAUUUACUUUAAUGGCGACAAUUGCGUCAUGCCCCCUCCCGACGAGUAUCCGUAUCUACCGAGCUCCGGGUUUCGGAAAACCAUCUCGUUAUUGAUCACGAUCUUGGCGACCGCAACGAUCCAUUUCGCGUCAAUUUGAAAGUUUUUCGACGCCGAUUGAGAUCAGCCGUGACUGAAAUUGAAAUCAAAAGAACUUGGAUGUCUACGAUACGAUGAUACGAUUGAAAUGUUGUCGUGAUAAGUUAGCAUUCGAUAGAUUUGUAACAUACGAUACGAUGUCAUCAAUACAUAUCGAUUCGUUUGUCUUUGUA